UCUGUUUAAGUUCUUAUCACCUCCGUAGCAGAACCAAGAAAAGCUAUCGAAGCGCCACUUCCCAAGGUUUUCCAAGGGCUCUCCAUCGUCCAAGAAACCCGGGAUCAAGAAACCCUUGUUCGUCUUUCCGUUCAGCGAUGCUCUCUUCUCUCCGAACCUCUCCUCACCUCCCUCUCCGCCGCUUCUUCUGCCACAGCUCCGCUCCGCUGGACACGGCGAGAUACCGAGAGGUUUUCGCCAGGAGAAUGGCCAUGGCCGGCAUCAAACCCCACCAUCGAAUAGCUUUGGGAGUCUCCGGCGGACCUGACAGCAUGGCGCUGUGUGUCUUGAUGGCCGAAUGGAAAUCUGACGGUCGUUUUGGCAAGAAUGAAACGUUGGGCUUCACAGACGGGCUUCUGGGAAUUAUAGUGGACCAUAGAUUGCGGCCGGAGAGUACAGAGGAGGCGACUCAGGUUCGAGACAGAGUGAAUAAGAUAGGAAUUAAAUGUGAGAUUGCAUGUUGUGAUUGGCGGGAUGGUAGGCCUAAGAAAGGUCAUUUGCAAGAGGCUGCUCGGGAGAUGAGGUAUCAAAUUUUUCAGGGUGUCUGCAUUAAGCAACAAAUAGGAAUCUUACUUGUCGCCCACCAUGCAGAUGACCAGCAGGCUGAGCUCUUAAUUCUAAGGCUAUCUCGCAAUAGUGGAGUCCUUGGACUUGCUGGUAUGGCAUUUGUUUCACAAUUAUUUGCUACACAAAUAAAAUGCUUUGGAGAAAAUUCAGACGGUGAUGGCAUUCUGCUUGUGCGGCCAAUGCUUGAAUUCUCAAAAGAUGACAUGUAUAAAAUAUGUCAAGGAAGUAAUCAAGAGUGGGUGGAAGAUCCGACAAACCAAAGUCUGUUGUUUGCUCGGAACCGAAUACGAGCCCGCUUAAGAAGUCUGCUAUCAUGUGUCUUUAGAUCAGAACUGCAAGGACUUAUCUCUGCUUGCCGGUUAACACGUACAUAUGUUGACAAUAUUUGCCGUCAGAUGAUACAGCACUCUGUUACCAUCAUGGAGCAUGGGUAUGCUAUAGUUGAUUUAGAGAAGCUCAAUCCAUCAGAUGUUGAGGAUCUUUGUUUGUCGAAAUUUCUAGCGUUGAUCUUGCAGUUCAUCUCACAAAGGAAUAGGCCAAUUCGUGGUAGUAUUUUACAGUUGCUACUGGGCUACAUCCGCAACAUCCCGUGCAAGACCUCCCUUACUGCAGCUGGCUGUUAUAUUUGUCCUGCUCCACGGUCCAAGGGCAUGAAAAUCUUGAUCAGUUUUUCUGCUUACUCACCACAGCCAACUAGAGUGGAGCUGUCGUACAAGUACUCGUGUGAAGAACAGCAAUCAACAGCGCCCAGUGAGAUUGAUAAGAUAAUAAUGGAUGCAAAAUCAUUUUCUGAUCAAUCAGUCCCAGAUGCUUCUAUUGUACCUUUUAUGCAUGCAAAAUCUACCAUGGCUAUCCUAAGUGAAGCAAAGAGGCUGAACCUUAUAAGUGAAUCAACCUUUAAAAGCAUUUGCUUGUUGCAAGAGGAAGAACUCGAGAAAUUUGGCAGUAAGGCAGUGGCUAAAUUUGAUGACCAGCCGAGUGAAAUGAAGCCUGCUCCAAGUAUUACAUUAAAUCCUGGCGAAUCAUGCCACUUUAUGAGCAGGUUCUUAGUUACAUGGAAACUUUGUAAAGAUGUUAUAGAAAAUCAGCUUUCCUGGAAUAGCAAUCAAGGUCAUCUCUGUCAAUUUUGCAUGGUUGAUCAGGAGAAAACUAUUGCAAUUAGGCACAUGGUUGAUGCAGACUGGUUGUUUCUUGCAGAACUAUCUAAGAGCCACGCAAUGAAAGAAUGUCAGGAUAAUUCAAAUGCUUCAAUAUAUAAGCACGGUGUAGUGCAAAAGGCUCAAUAUUCCAGAUAUAUGCAAUUGUCAGCACAGAGAGCUAUUCAGGCCUUGAAAUCAAUUCCAGUUUCUGCAAGAAGAGCAUUGCCUGUACUUGUUAAUUCUCAAGGUGGUCUACUAAGCAUACCGAGCAUUUGUUUCAGGUGUUGUCCUUGCCUAUCGGUAGAUGCAGUAUUCAGGCCGAGAGUGCCACUUGGAGGAGGUUACAGUUCAUAUAUUUGACUUCUGCAGGGGUCGGGAGGUUUCAUCAUUUGGCAUGUUAGUACAUCCAUGGCAGUUUAUGUGGUGCUCCAAGUCCGUGUCAUCACCUUUGACUCCAUGAUGAAUUUGGAGAGAAGUUUUGAGAGUACUGAUGUUCUAUGAUCGGUUGAUGAAACAUCACAUUUUAAAUCCUACCAUGGACCAACAGCAGGGAGACUGCGGAGCUAUGUGAUUGGGUUCUGGCUACAGGAUUGGCGUCUCUCGGUGAAUCAUUGCAAGUUGGUAGGCAUUUGCACGUUUCUCGUCUUUUAACUUGCCGGAUAUCAUUGACUAAUGCAAUGUGGAAGGAGCUCAGCCGGGCUUGUGUAGACGAAAUUAUAGAUGAAUACUUCAAAUAGCCAUAUUAUAACUUUAA